AGUGUCACUGGAGGGAGGUCAGGGCCAGGGUCAGACGUGGAGCCCCGUGAGGGCGGAGUGGUGACCCCUUCGUUCGGGGGCGGAGGGAUGACUGAGCAUUUAUAACUUUUGUGCAUCUCCCCGUGGGUGCAUCCCUUGGCCAGCGAGAUGCUUUGACACAGCCCCUUAAGAUGUUUUAAGGGCUAUCCCAUAAAGCCCGGAAGGCACAACGGGUGGAGCUGGCGGCCGCCGGGGGCAGGCACUUUUAAGCUAGGGAGAAAGCGGGGGAGGGAAGGAGGGCGGGAAGGACGCGUGACCUACUUCCUGAAUCGCCUGCAAACCCCAGAGAAGCUCGGCCUGCGCUGCGCCACGAUGUCCGGGGAGUCAGCCAGGAGCUUGGGGAAGGGAAGCGCGCCCCCGGGGCCGGUCCCGGAGGGCUCGAUCCGCGUCUACAGCAUGAGGUUCUGCCCGUUUGCUGAGAGGACGCUUCUGGUCCUGAAGGCCAAGGGAAUCAGGCAUGAAGUCAUCAAUAUCAACCUGAAAAAUAAGCCUGAGUGGUUCUUUAAGAAAAAUCCCUUUGGUCUGGUGCCAGUUCUGGAAAACAGUCAGGGUCAGCUGAUCUACGAGUCUGCCAUCACCUGUGAGUACCUGGAUGAAGCAUACCCAGGGAAGAAGCUGUUGCCAGAUGACCCCUAUGAGAAAGCUUGCCAGAAGAUGAUCUUAGAAUUGUUUUCUAAGGUGCCAUCCUUGGUAGGAAGCUUUAUUAGAAGCCAAAAUAAAGAAGACUAUGCUGGCCUAAAAGAAGAAUUUCGUAAAGAAUUUACCAAGCUAGAGGAGGUUUUGACUAAUAAGAAGACGACCUUCUUUGGUGGCAGUUCUAUCUCAAUGAUUGAUUACCUCAUCUGGCCCUGGUUUGAACGGCUGGAAGCAAUGAAGUUAAAUGAGUGUGUAGGCCACACUCCAAAACUGAAACUGUGGAUGGCAGCCAUGAAGGAAGAUCCCACAGUCUCAGCCCUGCUUACUAGUGAGAAGGACUGGCAAGGUUUCCUAGAGCUCUACUUACAGAACAGCCCUGAGGCCUGUGACUAUGGGCUCUGAAGGAGGCAGGAGUCAGCAAUAAAGCUAUGUCUGAUGUUUUCCUUCACUAA